AGGCUGGGCCAGCACACAGGAGCAGAGGACACCGGUUGUCUGGUUCAGCUGCUGCUGUGAGAUAACGGCCUCAAACCUCCUCCGCUAUGAUGAACCUGCUUUUGUGUUUGUGUUGUGCGCUCCUCGAUCUUAUGACAGUCCACAGCCGUGCGCUCAUGCAGGCACGCAUAGUAGGUGGUCACGCCGCUGCACCAAACUCCAUCAAAUACAUCGUGUCACUGCAGAGCACCAGCGGCCAACACUUCUGUGGUGGAUCUUUAGUUCACAGGUACUGGGUGCUGACUGCAGCCCACUGUAACAUCGGGGCAGAGCAGAUGAUGAUAGUGGCAGGUGACUACAAAGUAAAUAUCUUCGAGGGCACUGAGCAGUAUGCUAAACCCCACAGGCUAGUCACCCAUCCACUGUACAACAGGAGCACCAACAACGCUGACAUCAUGCUCAUCAAGUUGCGAGCCCCCAUGGUCCUGAACAGAUUCGUGUCGCUGGUGCCUCUUCCUAGGCAGGGGACAGGCGUGCUUGAAGGCCACGUGUGUCGGGUGUCUGGGUGGGGGUACAAUAGUCUGGGUGGAAGCCAGGUUCCCGUCACACUCCGGACAGUCACGGUGCCCAUUGUUUCAACUGCAAGGUGCAACAGCAGCGACUCCUUCAACGGGAACAUCACGGCAAACAUGAUCUGUGCCGGCUACAGGGCUGGAGGAAAAGAUGCAUGCAAGGGAGACUCUGGCGGACCGCUGGUGUGCGGAGGACGGGUCUAUGGCGUGGUUUCCUGGGGCAACGGCUGCGGUGAUGCUAAGUUUCCUGGCGUGUACACGGCUGUGUCCAAAUUCCGCCGGUGGAUAGAUCAAACCAUCUAUGGAUCAUUCCUACGCUGUUCCAAAUACUGA